UGCAUAGCCAAUAGCAUAUACCAACAUUUUUGCUUGUUUCUUUGUUUGUUCAUAGUAUUUUUAGCUAUGGGGAGCUUCAAAUUAUGCAUGUAUUUUUACAUAUUUGGCAUGCUUGGCAUUGGGAUGGCACAGGCCUUCAACUAUGGUGAUGCACUUGAUAAAACAUUUCUGUUUUUUGAAGCACAAAGAUCGGGUCUUCUACCUCCGGAUAAUCGAGUCAAGUGGCGAGGUGAUUCCGGGCUUAAAGACGGUUUUCUUCAAGGGGUGAACUUGGUAGGAGGGUACUAUGAUGCAGGGGAUCAUGUGAAGUUUGGACUGCCAAUGGCAUUCAGUGUGACAAUGCUUGCAUGGGGAGCUAUUGAUUUCAAGAAAGAAAUCACUGCUUUAGACCAAAUGGGGCACACUCUGUGGGCUAUUAGAUGGGGUACAGACUACUUCAUCAAGGCUCAUACUCAGCCUAAUGUCCUUUGGGCUCAGGUUGGUGAUGGUGAUUCCGACCAUUAUUGUUGGGAGCGAGCGGAGGACAUGACGACUUCUCGAACAGCAUACAAGCUUGAUCGGUAUAAUCCUGGUUCCGACCUUGCCGCUGAAACUGCAGCUGCCUUAGCUGCAUCUGCCUUGGCUUUCAAGCCUUACAACUCUUCCUACUCUGAUCUCCUCUUGCUUCAUGCAAAACAGCUCUUCUCAUUUGCUGAUAGAUUCCGAGGUCUCUAUGAUGACUCCAUUAAGAAUGCUAAAGAAUUCUAUACUUCCUCAGGCUAUUCGGAUGAGUUAUUGUGGGCUGCGGCGUGGCUGUAUCGGGCAACCGAUGAUCAGUACUACCUCAAGUAUGUGGUUGACAAUGGUGUGUACAUGGGUGGAACUGGCUGGGCUGUCAAAGAAUUCUCUUGGGACAAUAAAUAUGCUGGUGUUCAAAUACUUCUGUCUAAGAUUCUCCUGGAAGGACGCGGCGGCCAAUACACUUCUACUCUGAAGCAAUACCAGGCCAAAGCUGAUUACUUUGCGUGUGCUUGUCUUAGAAAAAACGAUGGCUAUAACAUCCAGAUGACUCCUGGGGGAUUGAUGUAUGUAAGAGAAUGGAACAAUAUGCAAUACGCCUCUGCCGCUGCGUAUGCUCUUGCAGUCUACUCUGAUUAUCUUUCUGCUGCAAAUUCCAAGCUCAAUUGUCCUGAAGGUCAGAUCCAACCCCAAGAGCUUCUCAAUUUUGCUCAGUCACAGGCUGAUUACAUUCUUGGCAAAAACCCGAAGUCAAUGAGCUAUUUGGUUGGAUACGGAGCAAAGUAUCCAUAUCAGGUUCACCACAGAGGCUCUUCCAUUGCCUCCAUAUAUACACUCCACUCUCCUAUUGAAUGUGUGCAAGGAUUUGAGACAUGGUAUCACAGAACUGAAGCAAACCCGAACGUAAUAUAUGGCGCCCUCGUCGGAGGUCCUGAUAAAAAUGACAAUUUCUCCGAUGAUCGUUCCGACUAUGAACAAACUGAACCAACACUUUCUGGCACUGCUCCUCUUGUCGGUCUCUUUUCCAAGCUUCAGAGUUUGUCUGGAGGAACAGGUUACCAUUCCCAAGCAUCACAGGUUCCUUACACAACAAAACCAGGCUACUAUCACCAAAAAACACAAGUACCAACCACAGUCUCAGGUCCUCCAGUCGAGUUUGUGCAUUCGAUAACAAAAACAUGGAAUGUCGGAACAACAACAUACUACCGGCACAAGGUGAUCAUAAAGAACAAAACAAGCAAGCCGAUUACGGAGCUGAAGUUGUUAAUAGAAGACCUCUCAGGUUCGAUCUACGGCCUCGCUCCGACUCAAGAAAAGAACACAUACAACCUGCCUCAAUGGCUCAAAGUCUUGCAACCUGACUCAGAGUGCAGUUUCGUCUACGUUCAAGGCGGCCCUCAGGCUAAAAUUACAGUUCAAAGCUACCAAUGAUGAUAAUACCACAAAAUGCCUUCAUAUAUUUUGGUAAGGAAAGGCAGUAAUAUUUAGAAGAAAGAAUUCAAAAUCAGUUGUUACAUGGGAUAAAUCCCAUUUUUACCUGUAAAUUUGUCAUCUGUUGAAUCAAAUUUUCCCAAAAGAGUUAAA